AUGGCAGACGCGACGAAGUAUGGAAAUGCGAUAGAGUUCGAUGUCGAUUUGCAUUCUAUAUAUGCUGCUUACCUAGGCUUGUUCGAAUCAUCCAAUACCGACUGGUGGGAUAAAUCGUGGGGAGGAUACUUUACGACGUUCAAUGAUUUCUUGGGGUUCGGCUGGGAGGUGAUGGUGGUGGUGGAUAGUGGAACGGGGAAACCACAUAUAGCCGUAAGGAGGGAACAGAUUGCUUUGUUCGCAAAGAUGAUUAGGACCAGGUUCGGGGAGUCAUUGCCCAAAGAUCCACCUACGACGCUCCCUCUUGAUCCCGUACCGACUCGUAACCUAUCCCUUCGACGCCUAAUUAUCAUUCGAGAUCUGACAACUUACCGUAAGCUCGCUCAAACUCUUCCAGCAGCCGAACUAUCCUACCUCCGUACCCGUGUCAGAUCAGGUGAGGUCGGGGUAGCAGAACAGCUCUUCUACGCUGGAGGCAAUAGUGGGGAAAGAGAUACAGGUGGAGUAGGAGUGAGGGACAACGGUGUAGGAUACACUUUCGCUUGUGUCAAGACUACUUGGUGGGAGAAAGGUGGUUCUCCAUAUGGGCUGGUCCCUGGAGUAGGAAGGACACAAGGUGGGAAAAGUGCUCAGAGUGGAAAAGGUCUGAUAUUGGAGAUUGGAGUGGCUACUUUGAGAUGUGCGAACUUGCGAGCGGUGAAUGUCUGGCCUCCAAUACCCGACGAAAAUUACCGAAAGUCCCACUAUAUAGUGGAAGAAUGGGUCGAUAAGAGAGCCAAUGUCAAUCCACCGAAUCACCCUCGAGCCUAUGCCUUUGGGACCAGUAGAUUCGUGGCUGAGAAGGAUGUGGAGAAGAUCUUGGAUGCAAAUGCUGCGGCUCUCGCCUCACAAGAAGCAGACAGUCACCCCAAUACCCUUGUUCUCCUGACGCUUGGCGACCCACAGCCCCUUCCAUUACCUGCUUCUUCUACCCUACCUUCGAACAUCCUUCACCUCGACGUUUUCGCCUUAGAACUCAACUUGUUAAGGCGAGCUCAAAGCCAAGGACUACCCGGGAUACCCGAUCGACAUCAUCCCCUCACCUCGCUUGGCGCUCUUCUGCAAACCCUUCAGAUUCCUAUAGCACCCUUCGCUCCACUUGGUAACGCAGGCAAUGAAGCUUACUAUACCUUACUGGCAUUUCAGAAACUCAUGAUGGGAGAAACAAGAUUACCUGAAAUGCUCUUUCGACAACCUAAACCAUACAUGAACGGAAUGCCUUACCCAUCUUAUUCCUCUUUCCCUUCUUCGGGCAGUAUGCAAUUCGCACCACCUUAUUCCCCGCUGCCCAUGCCGGUCAUGCCAGCUGCUGGACGAAGUAGACGAGAUUCCAGCACCAGUGGAAGACGAUCCGAGUUUGCGCCACCAUCCUUCCCUUCUUCACCUACUGGUUCAUACAGUAGACGAGCGAGCGAUCAACCUCGACCUCGACCUGCUUCUAUGGGAGAUGCACUUGCUGGUACGGGUAUGGCUAGUGCUCCCGGUACGCCUGGUCGCCCCAGCCCUCGAGAAUUUGAAUCUGGAUCUGGAUCUGCGCCGAACACAGUCAGAGCGGAAAGGAGGUCUAUGGCUAGAUCGCAGACCGUCUUCUGGGACGAAUCUAGUUAUGCGCAAUCUCCACCACCUGAUAAUCGACAAAGGGACGGCAGCACUUCUUCUUUCAAAGAACCUAUUCGACCUAAUAUGACUGGGAAUUCAUCUGGAUCAGAAGGGCCGAGAGGAAGAAGUACAAACCAUAAUAACAGUAACGGACAAUUACCUCCAUCGGCAUUAUGUAGUGGUAUCACACCUUCUGGAAGCUCACGAUCGAUCUCUUGGGAGGGAACGGCCAGUGGAAGUAACACCAACGGGAAGGGGUCUAGAGCAUCGAGCGUCCAUGGAUUACCUAUCUCGAACAGUAAUGGAAACUCUCGUCUGAGUGGGAUGAGGGUUUCGGGGAAUUCUUCGACCAAUUUGGCUAAAUCCGGUGGGGGAGCGAAGGGCGGAUCGGAGGGAACGGGAAGUUCGACGAAACUUAGUACGGAUUCAAGUGGUGAAAACAAAUCGCGUCAACAACCACCACAAACUACUAGAAAAGGAUCAAAACCUCCUCCUGGUGGUGGACUAUCAGAGGAUGAUACGUCGAAUAAUCAUAAGAAAGCAAAAGAGAAAGAGAAAGGAAGUGGAGGUGGGAAUGGGAAAAGUAAGAUGAAAUCCGAGAAGAGCGUAAAGGAUUUAGCUGGAGCGUUGGCUAGGUUCUGGGUCGGCUGA